CGCAGGGGCUGCCACAGCAUGGCCUCGGGGAGGACACUGAAGUUCGCCCUUUGCGAGGUGCUGCAGUUUGCAGGCCCUGUGCGUGCCGCUCUUCAUCAUCAUGCAAAGGUUCGCCCUCAUCGUGGCGCGGGUCAAGAGUGUGGCGCAGCCGCCCGGCGACGCCAGCACCGCCUACUGGCUUAUCGUGGCCUCCUCCAUCGCCUAUGUCACCUCCACAGCCCUGCUGGUCUGGGUGCCCAUGAAGUACAUGGUGUUCACAAAUAAGAAGUUCCUUGUCGGCAGGAAGAAGUGGUGAGUGUCUUUCUGGUCUAUCUGGUCUGUCUGUUCUGCGGCCUAGCUGGAAAUCUAUGCUAGGAGCUGUGUCUGAGCUGUAGCUGUAAUAUACCAGCACAGUGUUUUCUGGACCUGAGCCUUGUGGUGUAGUAAUGGUUGUCUGGUCUGUUUGGCGUGAACCUGACCGGUAGCUAUGCUGUGUCUGACUCGACUGGCCUGCAAUUUGUUUGGCCGUAGCCGGGCCACAUCUAUCAUGCCAACAUUGAGCAUUUCCAAAUGCAUUAAUAUUUUCCUUUUUCAUAACCUCUAGCCUAUGACUAUUGCUCCUUUCUCUCUUUCCUUCUCCCUCUCUCGGUCUGUCUCUCUCUCUCAGGAGGCCGGUGGCCCUGGUCUAUGUGAUCCUCUCCACAUUACCCUGCUUUGCCUUUCUCAUUGCCAGCUCAGAGGUAAACCAUGUGACCCUGGUGUUAUCCAUCAUUUGUUUAUGCUCGUCUCAGUGUGUCUAUGUUUCUGUGACCUUUGACUUAGAUUCACUGUUGUAGGUGACCUUUGACACUCAACCUGUUGGUUACCUCUGAAAUGAGAGUGACACUUACAAAGAGACAUUCUAACUCAGAGGUAUUCACAUCCAGGCCUUGAGGUCUAUACUGCCGGUUUCCUGGUACCCCUGGUAGUUAAUUAAUAGAUUAAUGAUGCUGUUGAUUAGCUCGAGUCCACUCACCUGAUGUACCAGGUCCGAAUCAGUAUAGAUGAUUCCAUCCAUAUCUAAUCCUACUGAGCACAAUGCAGACUAUCGUCUACACUCUUAAGGGUACAAUAUUGUUACCUGGAGUACAAGUAGAUCAAAAUACACACUAUGUACCUUCAGAGGUACACAUGUGAUCUUACAAGUGCCUUUUAGGGUACUGUGUGGAUAAAGAGUAUAAUGGUACAUUUUUGUACCCAAUAUUUUGAACAUAAAUGUACAAUCAUGACACUCUUACUCUCAACAUAAGGUGAAGACACAUUUCUGUUUCCCAGGGUACAAACGUAUUUUGUGUACCCUUAACUCUUGAUGGUACUGAUCUGUACCUUUGCUUAGCAUAAAAGCAAUGUAUUGAAGAAAAGUACAUAUUUGUACCCACCAUAAGGUACAAUUAUGAUUUUUUGCCACCUAAAAAUAACUAACGACUUUGUCACUAGGGUGGUACCCUAUAAAGGCACAUUUGUACCAUAAUCAUUAUCAUCAUCAUAUUUCUCAGCAUGCUCUGCUCCAGGUAAAUUUUUUUAGUUGUUUUUAUAUCUGUGUUUUUGCAUGUACACUGUUCAAAAGUUUGGGGUUACUGUUUUCGAAAGAAAAGCAAUUAUUUUGUCCAUUAAAAUAACAUCAAAUUGAUCAGAAAUAUAGUAUAGACAAAUAACUUUCUUCUGAAACUCGUCAGUCUAUUCUUGUUCUGAGAAAUGAAGGCUAUUCCAUGCAAGAAAUUGCCAAGAAACUGAAGAUCUCUUACAACGCUGUGUACUACUCCCUUCACAGAACAGCACAAACUGGCUCUAACCAGAAUAGAUAGAAAGAGGAAUGGGAGGCCCCGGUGCACAUCUGAGCAAGAGGACAAUACAUUAGAGUGUCUAGUUUGAGAAACAGAUGCCUCACAGGUCCUCAACUGGCAGCUUAAUUUAAUAGUACCCGCAAAACACUAGUCUCAAUGUCAACAGUGAAGAGGUGACUCCGGGAUGCUGACCUUUUAGGCAGAGUUGCAAAGAAAAAGCCAUAUCUCAGACUGGCCAAUAAAAAUAAAAGAUUAAGAUGGGCAGUCUGAGAUAUGGCUUUGCGGUGUUCUGUGAAGGGAGUAGUACACAGCUGUUAUGAUGAGUUUCUAGGUAUCAAGUGAUUACGAAUGUAAGGAUGUAGUUAGACACUUUUGAUGGGGAGUUCAUAUUAGUAUUUAAUAUGUUCCAUGGUUAGUUAUAACAGAAGGACAGAGCUUUGCCUCUAUCAUCUCCUUCACUCCAGAACAAAGAUCCACUCUCUCUAUAUAUACACUCUAUUACAAGUCUCUCCACGAACAUCUGGUAAUCAUCAUUGGCACUCUUAUUAUUCUUUACCCCAAGUCAGUAUAUCCUGUCCAUCAAUCAUGCUGUCAUAAACAUCAGUAAUCUCCUUUGACAUAUGGAAUGCAGACUCCGUGGCAACAAGCCAAUUAUCUAGUAACUCUAACCUGGUCCCCACAUUAAUAUGACAUGACAUCAUUACACUAUAAAAACCUCAUAUCAAUCCACUUUUUUUUUUCUUAUUUUGUGGUAAGUAAGAUCACUUAACCCCCAACAAUUCAUAUAAAGUACAAUAUUCCCAAUCAGUAGUAUAUAUACAGUGGGGAGAACAAGUAUUUGAUAUACUGCCGAUUUUGCAGGUUUUCCUACUUACAAAGUAUGUAGAGGUCUGUAAUUUUUAUCAUAGGUACACUUCAACUGUGAGAGACGGAAUCAAAAAAAUCCAGAAAAUCACAUUGUAUGAUUUUUAUGUAAUUAAUUUGCAUUUUAGUGCAUGACAUAAGUAUUUGAUCAUCUACCAACCAGUAAGAAUUCCGGCUCUCACAAACCUGUUAGUUUUUAUUUAAGAAGCCCUCCUGUUCUCCACUCAUUACCUGUAUUAACUGCACCUGUUUGAACUCGUUACCUGUAUAAAAUACACCUGUCCACACACUCAAUCAAACAGACUCCAACCUCUCCACAAUGGCCAAGACCAGAGAGCUGUGUAAGGACAUCAGGGAUAAACUUGUAGAACUGCGCAAGGCUGGGAUGGGCUACAGGACAAUAGGCAAGCAGCUUGGUGAGAAAGGAACAACUGUUGGCGCAAUUAUUAGAAAAUUUAAGAAGUUCAAGAUGACGGUCAAUCACCCUCGGUCUGGGGCUCCAUGCAAGAUCUCACCUCGUGGGGCAUCAAUGAUCAUGAGGAAGGUGAGGGAUCAGCCCAGAACUACACGGCAGGACCUGGUCAAUGACCUGAAGAGAGCUGGGACCACAGUCUCAAAGAAAACCAUUAGUAACACACUACGCCGUCAUGGAUUAAAAUCCUGCAGCGCACGCAAGGUCCCCCUGCUCAAGCCAGCGCAUGUCCAGGCCCGUCUGAAGUUUGCCAAUGACCAUCUGGAUGAUCCAGUCUCCAGACCUGAACCCAAUACAAAAUCUUUGGAGGAAGCUGAAAGUCUGUAUUGCCCAGCGACAGCCCCGAAACCUGAAGGAUCUGGAGAAGGACUGUAUGGAGGAGUGGGCCAAAAUCCCUGCUGCGGUGUGUGCAAACCUGGUCAAGACCUACAGGAAACGUAUGAUCUCUGUAAUUGCAAACAAAGGUUUCUGUACCAAAUAUUAAGUUCUGCUUUUCUGAUUUAUCAAAUACUUAUGUCAUGCAAUAAAAUGCAAAUUAAUUACUUUAAAAUCAUACAAUGUGAUUUUCUGGAUUUUUGUUUUAGAUUCCGUCUCUCACAGUUGAAGUGUACCUAUGAUAAAAAUUACAGACCUCUACAUGUUUGUAAGUAGGAAAACCUGCAAAAUCGGCAGUGUAUCAAAUACUUGUUCUCCCUACUGUAUAUACCGACUACCCAAAUUAGCAAAUUUAGAUCAAUCCAAUUUUAUUAUCAACACAGCUAAGCAACCCCUCUUUCUCCCCCGGCACUUAAAUCUUCUGGCGUCUCUUCAUUAUGUUCUUCAGACAUCUUCACAUUUCAAAAUGACUUGCCCAUGACAAUGUCAAACUACAAUGUGUCAUUCGAGUCACCACCAACUCCACAACCUCAUUGUCUUGUCCAUUUGCCAACCAUUAUGCCCACAACAUCAGAAAUGUUGCAUUUGAACAUAUGUUUCUCCUUUCUCACUCAAUGGUGGACUCCUUUCCCACUCCUUCGAGAUAAUAACAUGAGAAAAUCUUUUGAUAUCUUCAAUUGGUUGUUGUAGACCAGUUGCAUGUAGACGUGGUAUUUUACAAAAACAUCUUCAACGCCUCUGAUAUUCAUCUUCAGCCGGUUCAUAAGUUGUUACUUUUAUUUAUUUAGGUUCACACCAUGCUAGUCCAAAUUAUCCCUGCCAUGCAUCAAGACACCAUCUGUAUUUAUCUCACUAGGAGAUAAAACAUAACAGUUUAAUUGAUUUCAAUUCUAAUCCAAUAAAUCCAUAUAAACAUUUACCAUAUGACAAAUUAUUAUUUUUUAACAAUUAUUCUUAAUACCAAUUUCUAAUAUACUUCCCAAUUUCUGUUCACAUCGCUCUGUGUAGCGUCCUUCUUGCAUCGCACCAAUAUGGAUUCAAGAUUCACUGCUGCAAUGACACACAGACAUUAACAUAAAAACAAAAACAAAAACAAUGUUCCACAGUGGCAGUUCCAUCUUCCUCCUCUGAUGUUUGAUUACCUCCUAUAGUGGGACAAAUAGAUUUACAAAUCUGUCUCUGCUACUACUGUCCCCUCCAUUGAGAUAGUCAGCAACAACUAGUACUAACCACUUCACCUAGAUUCUGUCCAGCUCUUACUUCUGUAGUCCUCUACUGCCACACAGUCCUCCAUGCACAGAACAUGCCCAGAUUCUCCUUUCAUGUUGACAGAGUUGCCUUCACCUUUUUGAAAGAAAACUUCAUAACAUUGUUAGUUGAUACACUCCUGAGUGGCGCAGUGUGCCACUAGAGAUCCUGGUUCGAAUCCAGGCUCUGUCGCAGCUGGCCGCGACCGGGAGACUCAUGGGCGGCGCACAAUUGGCCCAGCGUCGUCCAGGUAGGGGAGGGAAUGGCCGGCAGGGAUGUAGCUCAGUUGAUAGAGCAUGGCGUUUGCAACGGCAGGGUUGUGGGUUCGAUUCCCAUGGGGGCCAGUAUAAAAAAAUAUGUAUUUACUAACUGUAAGUCGCUCUGGAUAAGAGCGUCUGCUAAGUGACUAAAAUGUAAUACACAAUAUGCUACUUUACACAGUCUUCUUAUCAAUCAGUCAGGAAAAGUCUCUAUUAGGAAGUGCACAUUCUUGGAUCUUGUUAUAGUCACUUGUUUCCAUAGACAUGCCUCCACUACAUUAUACCUUAUACCACAAAUACAUUUUCACCUAAAUAUUUAACCUAACCCAUAACACAUUAAUUACUACUGCUCAUAUUCUUACUACAAUAUGCAAAUGUGCCAAUAAAUCCUCUUACCAUCAUUACUACCCCCUGUUCUGAACACGAGUCACAACGUGAUUCAUGCUUUCAAAAACAAAACACCAAGAUUGCCUAAAUUAAAAUGACAACAUUUGAUAAUACCUCAACUUACUUCUAUCCCGUAAAGUAAUCCAAGAUUAGUACAAUUGACUAGCAACAGGUAUUCCUCAUUCAGGGAAAGCUCUCUCUCUCUUUUGAUAUUUUAUGGUUCGAAUCACAUAUAUUAUUACCAAAUUAUAAACUUCUUCACACUUUUCAGCAUUAUAAAUUAUCCUCAACUCAGUAAAAUGAACUAUCUUAAAAUCCUCAGCCCUUGUUUCUAGGAUUUCCAGUGUGGAUGAUCAAAUUACACUAGAAAGUCAGUACAGAGUUCAGAGGUCAUUGAAAUCAUUCAAUUAAAUGUUCCAUCCUAUAGUAUACUAAACAUUACCAACAUUCAAAACAUUUCAUAAAUGUUGUGUACCCCAGGUGUACAUUAAGUCCGCAUUACAUUUAUUCUCAUAAGAAAUCAUGUAUACCCAAAACUCAGUCAAAAAAGAAAAGAAAACUUCAUACAAUUCACUGUGUGUGCUCCUUUAAGACUUAUCACCUUUGACCUGUUGAAAACUGUACAAUCAAAAUAAGAACCCUAUAUAAACAUCAUCCUAGGUGGGUUGUGUGUUUAUUUGAAAAACUCAAUUGAAAAACAACAAACAAAAAUAGCCAGUCCUUACUUAAUUUGGUAGCUCCCUUUUACCUAAUACUGCCUAACUUCACUAAACUGCUCCCCCUAGCCCUGGGCAACAUUCCAAUGGGAUAAGGAAAUCCCCUUUCUCCUGGAAGAGAAAUUAUACAUUUUAUUAACAUUUAAUUACAAUCAGUAAUCCAAAGAUAGUAAGUACGCAUAAAACAUGAUACAGAUAUACAGUCUUAUCUCAUCAAUAAUCAUUUGUAUCUAAUUCCUUAUAACUACUCCAUAAAAAUAUUAUAUAAAAUCUCUCAAAAGGUGAAAACCACUCAAAGUUCCUCGAGUAUACAAUGAUUGUGUUUAAUUAAUUACCCUUCAAAUCAUAUCCUCUUUAAAUCUCACAAUGAUUAUUGAACCCCUAAAUCUGCUCCAUGUGAUCCCAUAUCAAAUGAUCCAUUAUCGUUUACUUGAUCAACAACAUAGGAAAUAUCUGUUUCCCCUUCUAUUGUUCCUGUCACCCCUGUAAAUGUCAUAUUUAAUUCAUUAACCAAUACAAUCACGUACUCCGCAUAAGUAAGACGUGAUAUUUUAUCCCAGGCAUCUAUUUAAAAAUUGUUUGCUACGUUGUCUCCUACUCUCCCCUUAACAUAAUGCAAUAGGAGACUUCCAUCAAUCCUGGAAAAAAAACUCAGAAGACACUAGAAAAUACCACGUUUCAUUAAGUUCACUACACCUUCUAAUAUAAACCUAUAACCCCUUUCUAGUCAUUUAAUCAUCGCAACCUGUUGCAUUGAUAUUUUAAAAUAUAAACCUAUUGUUUAAUAACUUCAUACUUAUAAACAAUGUUUACUUAAUCCAUCAUCCUAAUAGUAAAAACUAUAUCCCAUUGUUCAACGUACCAUAACAGAUUAUCGUUUUUAGAAUUAAUGAAUCAUGUCAUUAGUAAAUUGUCUCCACAAAGCACUACUACCUAAUAACAUAUUUUCAUUCACCUAAAUAUAAAGAAUUAUUUUAAUACCCGUCUAUAAAACAAUCCAAUUCAACAUCAAUUCAACAUGUCUCAUCAAACAAUACAAUUCACCAUUUCUCAACACUCACUGAACCUACUUUUAUUUUCAAACACAGACAACCCUCUAUAAUCUCAAUUAUUCUCUAUUGCUGACUUUCCAUCUAACGUUCCUUUAACAGAUGACAAAUUAUUUUAAAAUUAUAGUCAAAACAAAUAAAACAUCUCUUCACAGCUAUGCAACUUUGAUUAAUAUGUUAUACUAUCCUCUAUGUGUUGGUAAAACAAUCCCUUUCACAUAAUGUUAUCAAUUCACCUAGUAAUCUAGGUCAACAGCAUCAAUGUAAAAGUUUUGCUUUCUGUCCCUACCUGGGUUUGAACCAGGGACCCUCUACACACAUCAACAUUUACCAUCGAAACACCAUUACCCGUCGCUCCACAAAAUCCGCUAUCCUUGCAAAGCAAGUUAAGCAACUACUUCCACGUCGCAUAGCAAGCUACGUCACCACUCUAAACAUCACUAGUUCUCAACACUAACUAGCUAGCCCUUUCACACCAAACAUUCAACCCCCUAUGACUUCCUUCUCCACAGCAACCACUGAUCCUUGUACACCUAACAUAACCCAUAAUGUCCCUUACAGCGCUCACACGUUACAGCGAGCCCAAAUGGUUAACACCCGCAGACACAAAACAUGGAAAUUCUUCCAUUUCUUACUAGUAGACAAAAUAAAACACACUCUCAAACAGCGUUCUACAUUUACCUCUAUCGUAGGGUUUAAAAACUAUUGUAACAACAUUAACCAUCCUAAAUUGCUGUAGUAACGUCAUGUUUGGUUCAGUUUAUCACCAAUCCUCCAUUAUUAGAAUACAUCAGAUCUACGUAAAUAUCCUUUCUAAGUAGGCUAGAAGUAACACCAAACACUUGUUGUAUUUUACCAUCAUAUAUUGAAUUUAUCCAUUUAAUCAAUAUCCAAUUUAUUUAUGGACAUUACACCACCAUUCUCAAUCGUGUAAUCUAGCAAACCCUUAGGCAACGCCAAAAAAUGACUACCACGCAAUCGUCUCUCUAUACCUGUUAAAUAAGUGAGUCUUUCUAUUUGAACCAAGACACGCUACAAAUCUUCCAUUCAACAUCACCAAACCAAAUACUCUGUAUUAUCUGUUCAAGCAACACAUACCAGCAGUUGAAUUACACUCAUAAAUAUAGAUUUGACUCUAUGCCAUUGAAAUGAGAAAUAAAUUCCACAAAUAGCUCAAUUACAAUGGUUUCUCAUCUUACCCUCUGAUACAAAAUGAAGUUCCAUCACUUCACUACGUUAGUUCUACCCUGAUAAUUAGUUCAAUGGAAACCCUAUAUUGGCUUUGUACUAUAUUAUACAUUACGUCUAUAACCACAUUACUUAUGGUCAGUUUAUUCCUUAAACCUUAUUUUUACAUUUACAUUUUAGUCAUUUAGCAGACGCUCUUAUCCAGAGCGACUUACAGUUAGUGAUUACAUAUAUAUAUAUUUUUUAUACUGGAAUCGAACCCACAACCUUGGCGUUGCAAACGCCAUGCUCUAUCAACUGAGCUACAUCCCUGCCGGCCAUUCCCUCCCCUACCCUGGACGACGCUGGGCCAAUUGUGCGCCGCCCAUGAGUCUCCCGGUCGCGGCCGGCUGCGACAGAGCCUGGAUUCGAACCAGGAUCUCUAGUGGCACAGUUAGCACUGCGAUGCAGUGCCUUAGACCACUGCGCCACUCCUUAUCUCUAUCAUAUGAUCCAACAACAGUAAAAACUUAGAAAACCCAUAUUAAUUACUUCCCCACCCAUGACGUACGUCUACGUUUGGGUGAACAAGUUAAUACAUAUAUAACGUUAGAAACUUCUAGGUACUAACAUCAAAUAAUCCCUUCGUGGUGUUUUUAACCAUUCUUAAUCGACACAAAUCACUUCUUCAAACAUUUUCCCAGCGUAACCAAAAAUAGACUGUAAUUUCCCGGACACUGCCCUGCCUGUCCAGACAAUACAGACCUUUCCACUACACUCUAAAAUAACCUCACAAUCUCCAUACCACUCCUUGAUAUUCUAUGAAUUAAUUAUGUUAUAUAUCGUAACUUCUUAUGCACCCCUCAGAUUCAAAUUAUUUUCUGCUCUUUGUUCCUAAAAUCGCCCAUGUUGUCCCAUUAAAUGACUUAACUUUACAUUACUUUGACAAAAUACUUAUUCUAACUGUGGAUUUGCCUGUAAUCAUUUCGUCAUUUCCUGUCUCUCACUUCGAGUUAAAUGAAGCUCUGCUUUACUCUUACUGGUGACUUUUUUUUUCUCCAGAUAUCGGUCUACUAAGCUGGCCAUUCAUUAUUACUAUUAGUUCAUGCAAUUAUUAGUAAUUAAAUACAUACAUUAAAAAUCCCCAUCCUGAUCUGUAUUAAAAUGUAGUUCCUAUAAAUGUCAUUUUGGUGCUAUGAUUCAAUAUGUUACAUUGCAUUGGCUCCAUCUCCUGGUCGUUUUGAGUAAUUCCGUUUUCUAAUUCUCUCCUCAUUGUAUAAUGUUCUACCACAGUAUUCUUAAACAUUCAUGGCCUCAAACCAUGUCCUUCAUGGCCUCAAACCAUAAUGAUAAAGGGCUCUAACAUUUAUCCCUAAGUCUGCUGAGGACUUGAACCUCACAACUUUUAACCUUUUUAGUAUUGUCUUUUUACUAAGGACUGUACUCUUCAACCGAAUAAUUUUAACCUUCAACCGUAGGCCUCGAACCUGCACCAAAAUACCUUGUAGGGCCUUUAUAACCUUCUACCAAGGAAUCGCACCUCUUCAUCAUGGCCUCAAACCAUAUCUCUUUCGACACAGGACUCGAACCUAUGUACCAAAAUACCUUAUUCUAUUUCAUAAUGUCGUACACUGUAUAAUCUCGUCAUGUUGAGGACUCGAAUCUCUGACCUAUGUUAUCAUAGUACACAUUAAAAUGUCCUACGCCCACUAUUGUUACACCCAUUCUCCUUCUUCUCUGUUGGUUUUUUAGUCAUUACUCUGACCGAACCCUUAGAAACAUAGCACCCUAUUAUUGUCUAAUUUGAUAAUUCUCCUUACAUCCCACUAAACAACUCAAUACCACCCAUCGUCCACCUUUUAAAAUAUAGAAUUUUAAAAGUCCGUUACAGCUAAACCUUACCACAGAUAAGCAGAAUUUGACAUAAUAAAAAAAUGAAAGUCUGCUACCUUUUAGUUUGGGUGUAUACUGCCUCCUGUUCUUUAGACCCAAUCUGUUAUGAUGGGUUUCUAGGUAUCAAGGUUACGAUGUAAGGAUGUACUUAGACACUUUUGAUGGGGAGUUCAUAUUAGUAUUUAAUAUGUUCCAUGGUUAGUUAUAACCAUGUGGUCCUCUGUAGCUCAGCUGGUAGAGCACGGCGCUUGUAACGCCAAGGUAGUGGGUUCGUCCCCGGGACCACCCAUACACAAAAAAAAAAUUAUGCACGCAUGACUGUUAGUCGCUUUGGAUAAAAGCGUCUGCUAAAUGGCAUAUUAUAUUAUUAUUAUAUAUAUAUAUAUUAUAUUAUAUUAUAUAUAUUAUUAUAACAGAAGGACAGAGCUUUGCCUCUAUCAUCUCCCUCACUCCAGAACAAAUAUCCACUCUCUCUAUAUAUACACUCUGUUACAAGUCUCUCCACGAACAUCUGGUAAUCAUCAUGGGUACUCCCAUUCUUUGAUGUUAUUACUCUUUACCCCAAUAUCCUGUCCAUCAAUCAGGCUAUCAUAAACAUCAGUAAUCUCCUUUGACAUAAGGAAUGUAGACUCCGUGGCACCAAGCCACUUAUCUGGUAACUCUAACCUGGUCCCCACGAUACUAUGACAUGACAUCAUUACACUAUAAAAACCUCAUAUCAACAGCGUUGUACGAGAUCUUGAGUUUCUUGGCAAUUUCUCGCAUGGAAUAGCCUUCAUUUCUCAGAACAAGAAUAGACUGACGAGUUUCAGAAGAAAGUUAUUUGUUUCUGGCCAUUUUGAGCCUGUAAUCGAACCCACAAUUGCUGAUGCUCCAGAUACUCAACUAGUCUCAAGAAGGCCAGUUUUAUUGCUUCUUUAAUCAGCACAACAGUUUUCAGCGGUGCUAACAUAAUUGCAAAAGGGUUUUCUAAUGAUCAAUUAGCCUUUUAAAUUGAUAAACUUGGAUUAGCACACACAAUGUGCCAUUGGAACACAGGACUGAUGGUUGCUGAUAAUGGGCCUCUGUACGCCUAUGUACAGUGGGGAGAACAAGUAUUUGAUACACUGCCGAUUUUGCAGGUUUUCCUACUUACAAAGCAUGUAGAGGUCUGUACAUUUUAUCAUAGGUACACUUCAACUGUGAGAGACGAAAUCACAUUGUAUGAUUUUUAAGUAAUUAAUUUGCAUUUUAUUGCAUGACAUAAGUAUUUGAUACAUCAGAAAAGCAGAACUUAAUAUUUGGUACAGAAACCUUUGUUUGCAAUUACAGAGAUCAUACCUUUCCUGUAGGUCUUGACCAGGUUUGCACACACUGCAGCAGGGAUUUUGGCCCACUCCUCCAUACAGACCUUCUCCAGAUAACUUCAGGUUUCGGGGCUGUCGCUGGGCAAUAAGGACUUUCAGCUCCCUCCAAAGAUUUUCUAUUGGGUUCAGGUCUGGGGACUGGCUAGGCCACUCCAGGACCUUGAGAUGAUUCUUACGGAGCCACUCCUUAGUUGCCCUGGCUGUGUGUUUCGGGUCGUUGUCAUGCUGGAAGACCCAGCCACGACCCAUCUUCAAUGCUCUUACUGAGGGAAGGAGGUUGUUGACCAAGAUCUCGCGAUAUAUGGCCCCAUCCAUCCUCCCCUCAAUACGGUGCAGUCGUCCUGUCCCCUUUGCAGAAAAGCAUCCCCAAAUAAUGAUGUUUCCACCUCCAUGCUUCAUGGUUGGGAUGGUGUUCUUGGGGUUGUGCUCAUCCUUCUUCUUCCUCCAAACACGACGAGUGGAGUUUAUACCAAAAAGCUAUAUUUUUGUCUCAUCAGACCACAUGACCUUCUCCAAUUCCUCCUCUGGAACAUCCAGAUGGUUAUUGGCAAACUUCAGACGGGCCUGUACAUGCGCUGGCUUGAGCAGGGGGGACCUUGACGGCGUAGUGUGGUCCCAGCUCUCUUCAGGUCAUUGACCAGGUCCUGCCGUGUAGUUCUGGGCUGAUCCCUCACCUUCCUCAUGAUCAUUGAUGCCCCACGAGGUGAGAUCUUGCAUGGAGCCCCAGACUGAGGGUGAUUGCCCGUCAUCUUGAACUUCUUCCAUUUUCUAAUAAUUGCGCCAACAGUUGUUGCCUUCUCACCAAGCUGCUUGCCUAUUGUCCUGUAGCCCAUCCCAGCCUUGUGCAGGUCAACAAUUUUAUCCCUGAUGUCCUUACACAGCUCUCUGGUCUUGGCCAUUGUGGAGAGGUUGGAGUCUGUUUGAUUGAGUGUGUGGACAGGUGUAUUUUAUACAGGUAACGAGUUCAAAAAGGUGCAGUUAAUACAGGUAAUGAGUGGAGAACAGGAGGGCUUCUUAAAGAAAAACUAACAGGUAUGUGAGAGCCGGAAUUCUUAUUGGUUGGUAGGUGAUCAAAUACUUAUGUCAUGCAAUAAAAUGCAAAUUAAUUACUUAAAAAUCAUACAAUGUGAUUUUCUGGAUUUUUGGUUUAGAUUCCAUCUCUGAAAAAAAGAAAAAUUACAGACCUCUACAUGCUUUGUAAGUAGGAAAACCAGCAAAAUCGGCAAUGUAUCAAAUACUUGUUCCCGCAAUGUAGAUAUUCCAUAAAAAAUUAGCAGUUUCCAGCUACAAUAGCCAUGUACAACAUUAGCAAUGUCUACACUGUAUUUCUGAUCAAUUUGAUGUUAUUUUAAUGGACAAAGAAAUUGCUUUUCUUUCGAAAACAAGGACAUUUCUAAGUGACCCCAAACUUUUCAAUGGUAGUGUAUAUUGAUUGAUUGAUUGAUUGAUCUUAUGCUACACAAAGAUAAAUAGCAUAUAUUUUUCUAAACUAAUCCAAUCAGUUAGUUAUAUUUUUUGCACCCGUUAUUGAAAUGGUUGGUCCAGUUUAAAUGGCUUAGGUAGUCUCCUCACAAUAUUCCUAACCCUGGCUGUCAUUCUGAAGGCAGGUUGCGGGUGAAUAACAAUCCCAACUGUUGGACAUCUUAACUCUGGCUGGAUUCUGAUAGGAAUUACACAUUACUUUGCAAGCCAUCAUAAUGUGACUUGCAGGUAGGGUUCCCAGGUUUUCCAGAAAUCCCGGUUGAAAGAUUUGUGGCAUUGGGAGCGAAUAACUAGGAAAUAUGGAACCCAUCAACCAGGAUUUCUGGAAAAUCAGGGAAUUUUGGGAAAGUUACAAUAAUUUUGCAACCCUACUUGCAGGCCUGAUGUGGCCUGUAAACUAUGAGGUUUAGGCCACUGUAUUAGGGUAAAAUGUGUUUAAUUUAAUGAUAACAUUCACCUAGGAACUUACUUGGUGAAGGUCACAGUACUGAAAAUGAACGAAUUAAACAAUCAUGUCUCUGUUACUAACAAAUACAGUCAAUUCUACAAUUCACUCGAAAAGGCAAGGCACACCAGGAAAUUAUAUUGGAGGCGUGGCUUAGUGGGGGCGUGGUUUUCAGUUAGUUAUUUUUUGGCCACAUGUGAGUGGAAGUGUUGUACCAGUUUAAGUGGUCUAUGGUAGAGGUACAUUUUUGCUACUUUCAAGGAACAAAUUGGCUUGGUUACUGUGGUGGUUCCCUAUAAAGGCAAAAUAUUCAUUUUCUAGAAACAUGCUUUUGUACCUGUGGACUAUAUGUAAGAAAGGUACUAUCCAUGGUAUGAACUGGGGUACAAUUAUGUAUCUAUAACUAAAGGUACAAAAGGUGUACUACAUGGUACCACCCCAGUGAGAAGCAUUUGUACCCCUUUGGGAACAAAUCUAUAAAAAAAAAAAUCUGAGUGUACCAUCAUGACACAACCACGGGAUAAUUAAGUUAUUUGAAGUGUGGUGUCCUAGCGGGGGGGUCUUAUGAGAGAGGAAGGGGUAAAGUUGAUGAGUUGAGAGUAGUGAUGUUACGUUUGAUCCCGGAGCUCCGAGGCAUACGUCGAAUGUACUUCGAAGCAGUGUGCCGAUUCCUGUAUUACUUUAUCAGAAGCAUGUGAUUAAUGACGUCCGGCGCUUAGUUUCAUUAAACAACCACCUGAUUGGUUUGGUUUGGUAGAAGACAAAAAUGCUACGCUGCACACAGGCUACAGGGUGUGGGACGUCAUGAAUAAUAAUUUGGUUGCUCUAAAUUAUUUUUACCAGCAGGUGCCACUACUGUACACUGUGUUGAUCAAAGUCUCGAGUAAUGAACUUAUUUUCGACUCAAUUGGCUGGAAAACCUAGUUGAGAGGAACAGUUAAGUUCUCAGGGGAGCAAUCUACAGCCCUAUGGCCAAGGAGCUACUGAUAAGCAGCUGAGUUCCUCUUCCUGUCCCAGCUUCCCUGGUCACAUCAACUGUCCAUCUGGCACUUUACCACUUCCUGUCUGUGAAGAGCCCACCUCUUAUGAGCCCACUUUCUAGAGGUUCCUGAAGGUCCAGGGGUGACCUCAGGUCCAUGGCUUAUCUACUCUCUUUUACAUGAGAGAAGCCAUAAAUUCAGCUCUUUUGUUCUGUGUCCUGUAGGCAAGUAGUCCUGAGUUAAGCACAUGCCAGAGCUACAAGUGAUUAGCCCACUAACCCAGUGUCACAGAGGGUAUAUAGCAGUCAUAGGGUGCCAUGUAGUGUUUGGAGAAGCCAAGCUGGCACAGGACUGUCACAUGACUGGCACAUGACCGUUUCAUUAGAUCACAAUCAGGGCUAGAAAUUGUAAUGAUAGCUGCUUUAUUGAGGAACAAUGUACUUACUAUGACUGAUGUGGUGUCCCACCUAGCUAUCUUAACAUACAUGUCUUAACUGUAAGUUGCUCUGGAUAAGAGUCUGCUAAAUGACAAAAAUGUAAAUGUAAUCUGAUUCGAAUCACAGAUUGGUUUUGAUCGUUGUUUUCUCUCAGGUGCAGAUCAAUAACAGUAUAAGACAGGACACGUUCGCAGAGCUCCCCGUGUCGCUGGUGCUCUUCUCUCUCAUCUCCAUCGAUAUCGUGGAGAGGAUCCGCCACUGUCGACUCACUGGACACGGUGAGAACACAAAGCUCUGUGUUCAACACACGUUUUAACUGAACACUAGCUAGCUACUGUAGUCUGAAUAAUACCUGAUCCUCUGCCAACUCACUGAGCGUAAUCUCUGUCACAUGCAGCUGGACCUAGUGUCAUUUCAUUACGACAACAAUACUGUACACUAUCCGGGAAUAUGUUCUAUCAGGAGAUAUGUAUCUCAGGAAAUGAACAGGAAAUUCUCUGUACGACCCCCCAAUUGAUUUUUUUGUAACACAGUGCUGAAUUGGAAAAAAACAUGACAUGUUCUAAGGACGGCUCUCAGUUUCUUGGAAUCCUUUUAUUCAAGGAAAUAACCAGAUCCCAAAUUUUAUCGUCCUUUUCCACUGAUCAGAAAUGCUAUUGUAUUAUGGUAAAAUAUAUAGUACCUAUAGAGCCCAGAGAGACAAUCGCUGUGUUGUGCUGUGUUCUACACUGUUGGGCUGUGUUCUACACUUUUGGGCUAUGUUGUAUGCAUGUUUGUGCCAUAAUGAGAUGUUCUGAUCUGCGUCAUUCUGUCAUGGCUAACAUACUCAUGUGCUGUUGUCUUUCCGUCCAGCUAAUGAAUUGGACCAAGAUACUGAGAUCCCUUCCAUUGUCCUCACGCACGUGGAGCACCUACGUGGAACCCCAGUGACACCGGGUAACCCAGCAAACCCUGCAUCACCCGUAACGCCAGCUGUGCCCGGGCAACCUGCACAACCAGGGCAACCUGGUGGUCCGAAUGGGCAGGACCAGAACGGGGCAGGCUCUCGACCAGAGGCCAAUGGGACUUUCCAGGGGAUGUCAGGGGGGAUGCCAGGUAACCAGAUACCAGGGAGACAGUUUAGCAUCUCAGGCCUGAGCUCACGCUCGGCACGCUCGGCACGCUCGGCACGCUCGGCACGCUCGGCACGCUCGGCACGCUCGGCACACUCUGUCAGCACGUCGGUGGACCGCGGCGUCUCACCGUACGCCUCCACAGGGCCGCUGCACUUCCUGUGUGCCAGCGAUGCCCGAGCCGAGGUAUUUGUGGACAGCUUUCUGUUCUGGAUGGACACAGUGGAGAUGGUGAGGGUGGCUGGGCACCCGGCGGUCUACUACUCGGGCUGGGUGUUCCCUAUCUACAUUUUCAGCUACCUGUCGUGCCUGCGGCUGGUGGUCAUGCCCCACAGUCCCCUGCUGUCAUCGCUAGGCGUGGCCCUGCAGGAUCUGCCCUUCCUGUUUGUGCGUAUCGGCCUCAUCGCCUUCUUCGGCUUUGUCACGCCCCUCCUCUACCUGAUGAAGAACCUGCUUGUCUGCCUGGCCUAUAUCUACUUUAACUUUAUGACCAAGCUGAGG